UCACACCUCAGUGGGAGGUGGAGGCCUUUCUGCCACAACUCACAGAUCUCCAUUCCCAUUUCCACCGUAGGUCUCCCGGUUCCAGCUGCGGCCGCACUUACUGUACAUGCACUUGGCUCUCCCAACAGCCUGAUGAGUUUAAAAUCCUGCAGUGGUACCCCAGGAGCUUCAGGGGACGAACAAAGGUCCGUAAAAGUCGUUUGUUCAAAUGAUUUCUGAGGACGGACUCUCCACCAGGCACCUCCUGUAGCUUCCUGCCUUGUAGGACGGGGAGAUUCAACCACGAAGAAGGCUGCAAGACAAGAUUUUCCUGGGUGGCCCAGACUGGAGUGCAGUGGCUAUUCACAGGUGCAGUCAUGGAUCACUGAAGCCUCUAACUUCUGGGCUCAAGUGAUCCCCCUCUCAGCCUCCUGGGUAGCUGGAACCACAGGCACGAGUCACCACACCGGGGAAAGGCCAAUUUUUAAGUUGGUUUAACUGACCUGUGCUCCCACCCACAACCACCAGAACACUUCUAAGUUUCUACUUACCGGCCUGUUCCAGCAACACAAAAAUGGCAGGCCUGCCACAUCAGAAUCAAAGAUCCAUCCAAAGGGCAGCUCUUCAUAGCUCUCACCCUGCACGGCAGGGAGCUCAGUCCCCAAAGCCUUCCCUCCGCUGUUCCCGGCUUCGCUGGAGCCGUCCUUCCCUCAGCCCCGGCUGGCUUCUCGGCUAGGCCCUCUGCAUGUGUAGCGUCAGGCAAUGGAAACACUGAAACGGAACCCUGCGGGAUGAGAGUGAGCCACACGCUAUCUGGGGAAAAGCGGUGCAGACGCAGGUCAGUGGGGUCAUUCCUUGCUCUAUAUCUUUCACACCUGCGCAGCGGGGUCCAGGGGUCAGAAAACAAAGAAAAAUUAUGCAAGAAAGGAGGCAGCCUUAGGCCGGGCGCGGUGGCUCACGCCUGUAAUCCCAGCACUUUGGGAGGCCGAGGCGGGCGGAUCGCCUGAGGUCAGGAGUUCAAGACCAGCCUGACCAACAUGGAGAAACCCUGUCUCUACUAAAAAUACAAAAUUAGCCGGGCGUGGUGGCGCAUGCCUGCAAUCCCAGCUACUCGGGAGGCUGAAGUAGAAGAAUCGCUUGAACCCGGGAGGCGGAGGUUGCAGUGAGUCGAGAUUGCGCCACUGUACUCCAGCCUGGGUAAUAAGAGCGAAACUCCGUCUCAAAAAAAAGAAAAGGAGGCAGCCUUUCCAGCACCCAGGGCCCCGCCCCCUCCGGCCCCGAUUCCCAGGGCUCCGCCCCUUGCCUCACAUUCCCUCCGCUCCGCCCUAAUCCGUUCCGCCCAGUCCCUUGGUCCGGGGAUGGCCCCGCCUUUAGGACCAUGACUCCGCCCCUCUCCGCUCUCCGUAUUUACGGAGCUGAGCGUCAACGAUUGGGCUGAGUCGGAGACUUCCUUUCCUGAUUGGCCGUGUUGUACCGCGGCUUCUCGCACGGCUGAUGACCUGGAAGUGAUGCCUAAAGUAGUGGACCGCGUGCGCUCGCCUCCCUGGGACUAGGUUUCAGCGGCUGCUGCGAUGACCAAAAUAAAGGCAGAUCCCGACGGGCCCGAGGCUCAGGCGGAGGCGUGCUCCGGGGAGCGCACCUACCAGGAGCUGCUGGUCAACCAGAACCCCAUCGCGCAGCCCCUGGCUUCUCGCCGCCUCACGCGGAAGCUCUACAAAUGCAUCAAGAAAGCGGUGAAGCAGAAGCAGAUUCGGCGCGGGGUGAAAGAGGUUCAGAAAUUUGUCAACAAAGGAGAAAAAGGCAUCAUGGUUUUGGCAGGAGACACACUGCCCAUUGAGGUAUACUGCCAUCUCCCAGUCAUGUGUGAGGACCGAAAUCUGCCCUAUGUCUAUAUCCCCUCUAAGACGGACCUGGGUGCAGCCGCAGGCUCCAAGCGCCCCACCUGUGUGAUAAUGGUCAAGCCCCACGACGAGUACCAGGAGGCUUACGACGAGUGCCUGGAGGAGGUGCAGUCCCUGCCCCUACCCCUAUGAGGGGCUCUGGUAGCACCUGGGCACCUGCCGCUGGAAGCUACUGGGUUGGCGGCAGGAAGACUGGCUGUCCUCCUGCCCACCCACAGUGAUAGCAUCUUUCCUGUUCCCCAAGGCACGCCUUCUUCCCAGGCAGCUCUAACAGCCCUUUCAUGAAAGUAAUGCCAGUCUUCUGUCCAUCAGUGCCAUUUCCUGUAGAACUAAAGGCUGUUCCAAGAAUGUGGGGUGGGGAAAGUAAAUGCUAAGACUAAAA